UUUUUUCGAAAACCUAAACUUCCAAGCAAAAUAGGCAGUGUGUUACCAUUCAACCUGAAAUCUAUUGAAACUUAAAUCCGAAAUUAAUACAUCAUUAAAAUGAAUACAAAAGUGAUUUUUAUUAUUUCUCUUUUUCUGGGCUUACGAAUUGGGACAGCAGUUAUCGGGGCACCAGCAUCCAAAGAUCUUUCGGGAGAAUUGGCGGAGCCUAAUAAUACUGUUGAGUCCCUGCCAGAGGUCAUACAUCCAAUUUUAGGUCGUCUCCACAAGAUUCCACAAUACUUAAGACGUCUAAAAAUCGACGUGGAAAAUGAAUUGCAGGGAAAGAUUGAGCCUAAUAAUACUGUUCAAUCGUUGCCAGCGGUCAUACAUCCAAUUUUGGGUCGUCUCCACAAGAUUCCACAAUAUUUAAGACGUCUAAGGAUCGAUGUGGAAAAAGAAUUGCAGGGGAGGAUUAAACCACAACUCUCUAUGUGGCCUCCUUUCUUCGCAGUUUCAGUAGAGCAGCCAAAAACCAGAGAUAUUCAGGUCAAUCCGCAGAACCGUAUCGAGGAUGUCCAGCCAAGUCCAAGUGUGGGAAAUUUAAAGUUAAUGCGCAUCCUCAUCGAACACGUUUGGAAAGAUGCCAAAGCACUCAUAAACAAGAAAAUGAAAGGAAAAGACAAUGAGGUUUAGAUGAUUUCAAAUGAGAGGAACUUGAUGAUGACAUUUUUUGAGAAGGAACUUUUAUUUCGAAUUCUUUUUUGGACGACGACAAUAUGUUAAAGUAAUAGAAGAAAGGCAGUGUCCAGAUUGAUAAAUAAAAAAAGAUAAGUAUGGGAGAAUUUGCCGAGGACUCCCGAGGAAAACGAAGAAAAACAUAACGAGAUUGUCCAGAUAGAAAAAAGAAAUACUCCACUAAAAGCUUUCAAAACAAGAGGGCAAUGAAAGAAGUUUUCACUUUCCAAAUAAUAAACAACAGAUAAAUAGGUA